ACGGGAUAUUUCAAGUGGGCCAGAUCCUUACUGAUGCUCUUAACCCUGAAUCUGCACUAUUUCGAGCCGGCCCAUUCAGAGGAUUGAAGCCAGAUACCCUUAGUCUGAUAAUCCGGUCACGUUCAUCUCUGUCUGUUAAAUAUGGAGAAAUUGGAAAUGUUGAACUUAUCACAAAUUACAGCUCAGCUAUUGAUGGCGCUCGAGUUGACGGCAAAGGAAAUUUCGUCCGGUGGCAGUGGUUGCAGACAGAAUGCAUUAUUAGGAAUGAUGCAUUUCUGAAGGCUGUUAUACAGGAAGAUGAAGUUAAGAAUACAGGAAAUCAUUCCUAAAGGUGUGGGAUACAAUUCGGAAUCAUUUUGUGGCCCUCACAUAUCUUCUUACUUUCCUACUUCUUCGCGGACUUCUGCAAUUCCUAUUGAUCAAGCCUUCAGCCAAGAGGCUGGUACCCCUUUUUCGACAUAUAGCAAUGCCUUAACGGGGCAGCUUGGGGAUAAGCAAUAUACUUUACCUGCUGAUUUCAAAGGUCCUAAAAAUGGCAAACCAUUUAUUUGGAAGUACAAACUAGAAAGAUUAUCCCAUCCGGAAAAGACUGAUUCAAUCUCGUCCAAGCGCUACUACCCGAGUGAAGCUCUCUCUAACGCUAAGAAACAAAACUGGAUUGAGAUUCUUUUGGGACUUCUAUUCGGCUGGAUAACAUAUAUACCUUUUCAACUCGAUAGGGGAGUUGGGAAAAGCUCGAAUUUCAGAGUUGUCAAGGACUCUCAUGAGAUGCCCACGCGCCCCGAAUCUCUUUCGUGGUCUCGUGUGAUUGAUGAUCCGACAAUUACAACUGUGGAGGCAUCCAAUACGUCGGUGCCUGGCAGAGAUAUUCAUAAUACUGGAAGAUUUCUAUCCCCGCAACCUCGAUCAUCUUUCACUCGAAGGAAUUCGUGGGAUAGGGCACAGGUUAUGAGAAACGGUACCGACCAUGACGACGCCAAUGCAGGCAAUGCAAAAUCUACGCCCUUCUCGCAAAGUGUUCCGAACUACGAUUUGCCGCCUACCCUAGCAUUGAGUAAUAACGAGAGCUAUCUUCGCCACUCAGUCUCAGAUUCAGAGGUUAAUUUUCUUGUUCGUGAUAACCCAAAAUGUCAAGGUUGCAAAAAGUUCACGGAACAAUUCGAACCAGAACUCGCUGAACAUCAACAAACCAUAAAAAUCUCCUCCUUACCAACUAUGGCAACAACAAUAUCUAUCCAACAAGAUAACACCCAGGCGAUUCAACCGGAAGGUGAACGUUCAUUUCAUGCACCAGAUGUACCGGAGAUACUCGGAACCGGUAAAUUGGCCAAAUUCACUUCUGCAGCGGCUGCCGACUCUGUGACUAGUGGGUCAGUUGCGGCGAAUGAAGAGUAUGUGUUUGACAGCGAGGUAGAAGGGCUUGCCAAGUGCUUAAGCGAAGAUAAAGCGAUUCCCUUAGCAGACGAAUGGUUUUCCAGCCACAUAAAAAGGGUCGACAAAUACUUCGAUUCCUAUCGAAGCGGAAGACCUAAUGAAAUAGUGAAGAUAGCCGUCCUCGAUACCGGACUAGAUAUGAACCAUUUGCUCCUACGAGAUUAUAAAGAUAGGGAACAGAUCGCCCAGGAAGAUAGUAUUGAUUUCACUAAGCCGGAUGCAGGACCAGUUACCGGCGAUAGGAUCGGACACGGGACAUUUUGUACGCAUUUAAUUUUAAAAACAUGCAGGACGGCCAAAAUAUAUGUUGCGAAAGUGUUUAACAAUGCAACAGCCGACUAUGAGACAGCGGCUUGCGUAGCGAAGGCUAUUAAUUACGCGGUCGAACAUUGGAAAGUUGACAUUAUUUCAAUGUCAUUCUCUUUUAACGAAGAACAACUGCCAAUAAAAACUGCGAUUUAUAAUGCAUUAAAAGGAGAGCAUAGGGUCUUAUUUCUCGCAGCGGCUUCGAACUACAGUCACAACGAACAAUUCACAGUUGGUUUCCCAGCACGGUAUAAGCAAGUUAUAUGUGUCAAUUCAUCUACCCCAGAAGGAGAAAAGUCGAAGUUCAGCCCUUUUCCGAGGCAAGGAGAGCUCCACUUCAGCGUCAUUGGAGAGCAUCUUAACGCUGCAUUCCCCAUGAAGCAAAACCAUGGCAAUAGCGAAAAGAGACAAAGUGGAACAUCAAUGGCAACAGCGGUUAUGGCUGGUAUUGCUGGUCUGGUUAUCGAGUACUCCAGAUUGAGAUCUGUUGGCAAGACAAUAACUGACAGGGAUCGCCUUCUCACUGCGGAAGGUAUGCGAACCAUUUUUAAAUUAAUGCUAAGCCAUGGAGCUGCUAUGGAUGGAUAUCUUUGUAUAAAACCAUGGAUAUUAUUUCGCGAAACUAAAAAGGAUGUUUCCUGGGAUGUUUCAUACGAAAUCAACAAAGCCCUUCAGACCAUUGCCAAUUUGGCAUAAAAUAAUUGAAGGCGGUGUUUGUAUAUGCAUUGCUAAGGGAGCAAAGGUUAUUAAAUGGGUAAGGAUGACUUUCAUUAAAGACCUCCGUUAUGCAUAAUAUUCAAAAAACUACAAACCCAUUUAGCAAUGGAUUUAGACUUUUAUGGUGAAUGUAAACACAUGUAUGCAGUAAUUUCAAAUCACCAUCACGGCUUUGACUAAGGGAAGCC